AUGCUCGACAGAUACCAGAAUUUUCUAGCCUUCAUUUUUGCCAUAGAGGAGAUCAACAAGAAUCCUCAUCUUUUACCCAAUAUAUCUCUGGGAUAUGAGUUUCACAAUUUCCUUUAUCAUCAUUGGAAAACACUGGAGAGUUCCCUCAUUUUGCUCGCAGGACAGAAUGAAAUCCUUAAUUACAGCUGCAGGAGAAAGAGCAAGCCUGUAGCAGUGCUCACAGAAACAUCAUGGACAGCUUCUUCUCAAAUCAGCACACUGCUGGAGCUCUACAGAUUCCCACAGGUUACCUUUGGCUCCUUUGAUCCUACAUUGAGAUACAGUGGCCAGUUUCCAUCUCUCUACCAAGUGGCCCCAAAGGACACAUCUCUGGCCAUUGGCAUGGUCUCUUUGAUGCUUCAUUUCAGCUGGACAUGGGUGGGAAUGAUUAUCACAGAAGGGCAUAGAGGUUUUCAGUUUCUCUCAGAUGUCAGAGCAGAAAUGGAAAAGAAUGGAGUCUGUGUAGCAUUUGUGAAAAUGAUCUCAAGUGAGUUUGCAUCUUAUUUAUUCAACCCACAGGAAUAUGAUAUCGUAUCAAGGGAAACAUCACCAGUAAAUGUGAUUAUCAUUUAUUUUGAUACUGAGAGUCUCAACAACGUAAACUAUUUUAUAGGGCAAAAUUUAUUGACCUGGAAAAUCUGGGUGACAAACUCACAAUGGCAUGCUGAUGUGAGUGGAAAAAAAUUCAUUCUUGACUCAUUUCAUGGGACUCUCAUUUUCUCAAACCACCAUGGGGAGAUUUCUGCUUUCAAACCCUUUGUCCAAGAAGCUACCCCCUUCAAAUACCCAGAAGACAUUUACCUCACUAUGUGUUGGUUCAACAAUUUCCAUUGCUCAUUCUCUGAUUCUGACUGUGCGCUGAAGAACUGUACUCCAAACGCCUCCCUGGCAUCACUGCCUGUGAAUCAUUUUGACCCAGAGAUGAGUGAUGAGAGCUACAACACAUACAAUGCUGUGUAUGCUGUCGCCCAUGCCCUCCAGGAGAUGCUUUUACAACAAACACAAAGAUUGAUAAUAAGACAAAAAGAAUUUUCUGCAUUUUCCCCCUGGCAGCUGCACCCCUUUCUGAGGAAUAUCCAAUUUAACAAUCCUGCUGGAGAGCAAGUUAAUUUGGAUGAUGUAAAGAAACUGGACGUGGAGUACGACAUUCUCAACUUCUGCAAUUUUCCAGAUGGCCUUAGACUAAAGAUCAAACUAGGAACAUUUACUGCACAGGUUCCACGUAGCCAGCAGCUCUCUUUAUCUGAUGACAUCAUUGAAUGGGUUACAGGAAUUACAGAGGUAUAUAUGGAGCAGUGUGUGAAGUGUGCAGAUCACCAAUAUGCCAACAUGGAGCAAAACCUCUGCCUCCAGAAGUCUGUGGCUUUUCUGGCUUAUGAAGACCCCUUGGGGAUGAUACUGGCUGGCACAGCCUUGGGCUUUACAAUUGUCACAGUUCUUAUUCUUGGGCUCUUUGUGAAGCACCGAGACACUCCCAUCAUCAAGGCCAACAACAGGGCUCUCAGCUACACCCUGCUCAUCUCCCUCACCUGCUGUUUCCUCUGCUCCUUGCUCUUCAUUGGCCGUCCCAGCACAGCCACCUGCAUCCUGCAGCAGACCACAUUUGGACUUGUGUUCACUGUGGCUGUUUCCACUGUCUUGGCCAAAACCAUUACUGUGGUGCUGGCCUUCAAGGUUACUGCUCCAGGCAGAAGAAUGAAACAGUUGCUGGUGUCAGGGGCACCAAACUCCAUCAUCCCCAUGUGCUCCCUGAUCCAGCUCACUCUCUGUGGAGUCUGGAUGGGGACAAAUCCACCCCACAUUGACACAGAUGCUCACCCUGAACAUGGCCACAUCAUCAUCGUGUGCAACAAGGGCUCCCUCACUGCCUUCUACUGUGUCCUGGGAUACUUGGGCUGCCUGGCCCUGGUGAGUUUCACUGUGGCUUUCCUGGCCAGGAACCUGCCUGACACCUUCAAUGAAGCCAAGUUCCUGACAUUCAGCAUGCUGGUGUUCUGCAGCGUGUGGGUCACCUUCCUGCCCGUGUACCACAGCAGCAAGGGGAAGGAUGGUGGCUAUGGAGGUCUUCUCCAUCAGGCGGCGGCGGCACCUUCUUUUGCAACUAUGGCCAAGAUUAAGGCUCGGGAUCUUCGAGGCAAGAAGAAAGAAGAGUUGUUGAAACAGCUAGACGACCUGAAGGUGGAGCUGUCACAGCUGCGCGUCGCUAAAGUGACGGGCGGCGCGGCGUCCAAGCUCUCCAAGAUCCGAGUUGUUCGCAAAUCCAUUGCCCAAAGGAGUGAAGCUGAAAGAGAUACAUCAUCUUCUGAUGAAGAAGGGCUUAGACAUACCUCAGAAAACCUGAAUGUGUGA